AUGGACCCGUUAUCGCUCACAGCAAAUCUCGCUGCCGUCAUCGGCCUCAUCGACACAAUAUGUCGCAUCGGCAAGGAAACAUACCAGCUCAUUGCGGCCGUGAAGAAUGUCCCCGCAGAAAUCCACCAGCUGCAGGUGGAGAUGCACGAGGUGGAAUUCCUCCUCGAAAAUGUCCAUCGCUACUGUGAUGAGUACCAGGGAAGACUGCCGUCAAUGAGCUUGCCGAAGACCUCACCGGUCAUGCAUAUCUGCUCGACGCUCCAAUCCCUGGAGAAAGAGUAUGGUAAUAUCGCGGCCAUUGUGGCCAAGAACCUCGAUGUUGAGUCCGGUCGUACGAGGCAGAAGCUGAAGAUGGUGGGCGGAAGGGUCAAAUUGGUGCUUGGAGGGAAGCUGGAGCGUUCGUUUCGGAAUCUGGAUAGAUGCAAGAGGCAGUUGAGCAUGAAUCUGCAGGUAUUGGGAAGUUUCAAUGACCUUGCUGUUCACAAUCGGUUGGAUAGUAUUCACGAUGCUGUGUCAAUUAUCAGAGACAGUAGUCAGAUACUUCCUCUCUCGAAUAUCGAUGACAGGCCUCCUGCUUGGUCAGAGAAGGGUCAAACCCCGUCUGACUUUUCCCAUUCUCUCGAGGCUAUCGACUCGCUCAUGGCACAGCUUACAGCUAUGAAGAUACGCAUCGAAAAACAGGAUGACAAGACAGACGUUUCCAUGGACAGCUGGGACAACUUCGAAGAUGUCAAACGCGCUGCUCUGCCUCUGAUGUUACUCCAAUCCAAGGUCCGAGAAGCAUUACAGUUGUUGACGACUCCGCAACCGGGACAUGAGAAGCUGUCCAACAUUGAUGUGCAGUGGGUUCGAACUGAGCUGGAGAGUCUGCUUGCGAGUAGCCACGAGAAAGCAGCGGCUGUCAUCAAGACGAGUUCCCAGAAAAGUGACAAUGUCACCCGUGAUUGUAGACGACAUAUCGCAGGCAGUUCCCUUAACAAAGGAAGAUACAGAUCACAACCGACUCAACAGAUCGUAUCAUCGCAGGUUGUGCUUCAAGAUUCUCCCGCGGGCAAAGUCUCCAUCCGGGUCCAGUGGACCAAAGACGCUGACUCGAAAUCUGCCCGUGCAUCCGACAUACUUCUUCUCCUGGCGCCUAAUCCACAGGUGGCCGAAGAUGGACUUCUUGUUUCGCUUUCGAGGCUUCAUGACGGGUUGAGCAAGCCCACAAUCACCCGGCAUGUCUCGUCCUACGCGAUCGUCGAGACGACAUCACCUAUAUUUACAUGUGUCGAGGCCAAUGACAUACAUUCUCUGCGGCUACUCUUGAAGAGCAGGGAUUUUUCGCCCACUGUGCGAAAUACGGAAAAUGAGAGUCUUUUAUCUUUCGCUGCACGACUCCUCCGCUUCGAGAUAUGUGACCUACUCCUCAAUGAGGGAGCGGAUCCCAACCAUUGCCGCAGCAUUUACAAAUCAACCCUUUACCGUAUCCUCCGUCUAUUCAUCUCCGCCGGCUGCGACAUCAACUCCGUCGCUCUGGGCGGUAGCCCUCUCCAUUUCACCGUCAGCCAUGCCCUCCCCGGCUCCGAGCUCAUCAACGAGGACGAGAUCGUCGCCUUGAUCAAUUUACUAGUCGGCAGUGGCUGUGACAUAGAGCACGAGAACGCCGACGGCCUCACCCCACUCUUAUACAACGCCUGUAUUCCACGAUGGCACGGGGUCGUGGUGCUCCGGGAGCUUCUCCAGUGGGGCGCGAACCCGCACGCGACGUCCCACCUUGGCGAGGGCGCGCUGCAUCUGGCCAUGGCGUUUUCCGGGCCCGAAUCCGUCCACGGUCAAUUGGAGGGGGAUUCGUUGGAGACAAGGCUCGGCAUCCUGCUGCAGGCGGGGUGCGAUCCGAACCUGCGAGAUGGGUACGGACACAGUCCGUCGGAGUUCGCGCUGAGUUCUCCACGGAUUUGGUUCCAGUGGUGCUUAGCUGUCGAGAGGGUCGGGCUGUCCAUGGAAGAUGUUUUGGGCAGGGAGGGUAUCUCAGAAGACGCCCGGCCGGUGCAAGGCUCUACAUCCGCAGAUUCAGAUUGGGAGUCCUGCAGCGGCAGUGAAGACGAGGACGGGAGUCAGGAGAGCACGAGCUUAGAUGCUUGCUCGGACACCGAGCACAUCUUCCUAUGCUGGAACGGGUUCUUCCCAUGGAGUGUUCCGCCGUGCUGUGCCGACUGUGGUCUGAUCUGCGAACUCGAUGAUAUUAAGCGAAGGAAAUGGGACGCGUGGAUGGUAUUUCAGGGAUUGAGAAGGAAAUUCAUGGUGAACGAUCUUCAUUAG